CACAUAUAAACAAUUCUUCAAAUGGGUCAAGCCUAGACUAUUUCGGAUUCCUCUCAUCGAUUUCUUCUAUAACUUAUUUCCUGGUUUAGAGCCAAAAUCUCGUUUCUUGUGAUUUCUUUUCCUCCAGAAUCGACGGGCGGUGGUGGAUUUCAUUCAUAUCUUUACCAUCAAAUUGAAACCAACUAUUAGAGAAGAGAAACACAAUUUGUGUUUUGGGACUUAUCCCAGAAAAAUAUAUCAAUUCAAGCCCUAAUUCUGUGAUUUGUAUUGUUUGCGGCCAUUCAGAAUUGAAUUUGUCUAUAAUGCGGUCUUUUUUCUCCGCUGCUGAGCGGCUGAUUUUGAGGUCGAAUGGGGGAAAGCAAUUGCUAGGGUUUUCUCCUAAAGAUGGUCGUUUAGGAUCGCUAAGGCGCUUGCGUAGCCUUCCGGCGAUUGGGGAAUUUCAGGUUAAUAAUGAUAUUAACUCUAAUCGAGAUUUGAAGUCGUUCUUGGGACGUUGCUGUAAUGGUAAUGCGAUUCAGAGAAGGGGUUUUCUCGGAUGUGGAGAUGGUGAAGAGGGUAAUGUUCUGUCAAAGGUAUAUGAAGAGAGACGUGUUAUGGGAUACUCUCAAGAACAAUUAUAUGCAGUUGUUGCUGCUGUUGAUAUGUAUGAAGAUUUUCCGUGGUGUCAAAGAUCUGAUAUCGUUCGAAAAUUUCCAGAUGGGUUUGAUGCUGAAUUAGAGAUUGGUUUUAAGUUUCUUGUUGAAAGCUAUGUGUCUCAUGUGGAACUAAUCAAGCCAAAAUCUGUUAAGACAACUGUAUCACAAAGCAAUCUUUUCGACCAUCUAAUAAAUGUAUGGGAGUUUAGCCCGGGACCUGUUCCUGGAACUUGCAACAUUUAUUUCUUGGUAGAUUUUAAGUUCCAGUCGCCUCUCUAUCGACAGAUGGCGACAAUGUUCUUCAAGGAAGUGGUCUCUCGGCUUGUCGGGUCGUUCCAUGACCGAUGUCGCCUAAUUUAUGGUCCAGGUGUAACGAUCAAUGAAAAUGUUUAUCAACAAAAAACAUGAAAUCUUGAUAAUAAAGUCUAUUCUGUCUAAUGCAAUUAUUUCACAGAAACGAUAGAGAUAUCAAUGUCUUAGUUCAUGCUUUGUGUACUAACACAUUUUUCGGGUUUUUUUUUGCCUGAAUUAAGGAUUAAAGUUGCUCAGAUUAUUAUGUACAA